GUGGAGAAAAUGGAGCCGCUGCCCCAAUUGGAACAGGCCCACCUCCUGGCCAUGUUUGUGAUCCUGAUUUACAUGAAGGGGCAAGGGGCAAUCCUCAAAGAUGUUGGUGACACCAACUGGGGAACACGCAGGACCAUUGCGGGUGUGCCUGAGAUGGUUUUGCUGGAUGCAGGCUCCUGGACAUCAGUGAAAGCCCUGCUAGACCAGGGACAGCUGGGCAUGGACCUGUGGCGUUCGAUCAUCAGACAGAGAGUGAUUGUGAGUGCACCCACCAGGGACAACUUUGUCAUGCUUCCCAGCGCAUCCGCCAUCCAACAGCCAGAGGACUGGAGG